AUGCCCCUUUAUCCCAAGUCAGCUGCGGCUGAAGCUGAGCGUGGCAUGGGGUUGAUGGCAUCCCUGAAGCUCUACAAGAAGGCAUGCUUCUGGUCAAUCUUUAUCUCGAUUUGUAUUGUCAUGGAGGGAUUCGACAAUGCCCUCCUGAACAACCUCUACGCCUAUCCUCCUUUUCAGCGCAAGUUUGGAGUUCAACAGCCAGAUGGCAGUUAUCAGCUUACAGCUGCAUGGCAAUCUGGACUCUCCAAUGGCACUCUCUGUGGUCAGAUCCUUGGUCUUUUCGUCAAUGGCAUCAUUGCCGAUCGUUUCGGUUACCGCAAGACACUCAUUGGUGCCCUCACUGGUUGCAUCGCCUUCAUCUUUAUCAUCUUUUUCUCCGAGACCCUAAUUCAACUUCUCAUUGGAGAGAUUCUCAUCGGCAUUCCUUGGGGCGUGUUCCAGACCCUGACCACCACCUACGCCGCAGAGGUCUGCCCUACUCAUCUCCGUGCCUACCUCACAACCUACGUCAACCUCUGCUGGGUCAUGGGACAAUUUAUUGCCUCUGGAGUCCUCCGAGCCAUGCUUUCUCGCGAUGACGAGUGGGGAUACAAGAUUCCAUUCGCUCUUCAGUGGAUGUGGCCAGUUCCUCUCAUCAUUGGAAUCUGGCUUGCUCCCGAGUCUCCCUGGUGGCUUGUCCGACGAGGUCGCGUCGAAGAGGCCAAGCAUUCGCUCCAGCGUCUUACUGUCCGCAACGGAAACGCCGAUUUUAAGCCCGACGAGACGAUUUCCAUGAUGAUUCACACCAACGAGAUGGAAAAGGAGGCCCAGGCAGGAACCACGUACCUUGAUCUCUUCAAGGGAGUGAGUCUGCGACGAACCGAGAUUGUCUGUGUUACCUGGAUGAUUCAGACAUUAUGUGGUUCUACCUUUAUGGGAUACUCGACCUACUUUUACCAGCAGGCCGGUAUGGCUAUUGAAAACUCUUUCAGCAUGUCUCUCGGUCAGUAUGCCAUUGGUGCUGUUGGAACUGCAUUUUCCUGGUUCCUCAUGGGAUGGUUCGGUCGUCGAACUCUGUACCUCUAUGGUCAAUUGUUCAUGUCUCUGUUCCUCUUGACCAUUGGUUGUGUGGCCUUUGCUGGUCGCGACAAUGUGGCUGCUCAAUGGGCAAUCGGAUCUCUGCUUCUGGUCUAUACCUUUACUUAUGACUGCACUGUUGGACCAGUUUGUUACUCUCUGGUUGCAGAGUUGACAUCGACUCGUCUUCGAACAAAGUCUGUGGUUCUGGCCAGAAACUUGUACAACAUUUCAGGUAUCGCCACCAACAUCAUUACUCCUCGCAUGCUUAACCCAUCGGCUUGGAACUGGGGCGCCAAGGCGGGCUUCUUCUGGGCUGGAACAUGUCUAGUGUGUGCUGUUUGGACAUAUUUCCGUCUGCCUGAGCCCAAGGGACGUACAUAUGCAGAGCUGGACAUUCUUUUCGAGCGACACAUUAGCGCACGCAAGUUUAAGGAGACCACGGUUGAGCGACUGGAUGCGGGAUUUGAGGACAAGGCUGGAGCUGUUUAUAUUGAGAAGAAGGAGAGCAAUUAGCUAGUAUACAGUCAUUACAUAGGUCCAAGGAAUGCAUGUUGCCGUUC